GACACGGAGCUGCGUGCUCAGUGCCUCCCGGCCCCCCCGUGAGGAGCACGGAGGCGGCGCGGGGCCCCGCAGCGGCUGCUCCGUAAUCCCCUCCCCAAGCUGUUGUUUAUAAUCUCCGAGGAAAUCCCAGCCUGCGUGCCGUGGCUCUGGCAGCGGAACACUGCGGGGUGCUGUGCCCCCCCCCACCCCCACCAUGGCCCGGAGCCGCCGCUGAGCCCCGCCGUCAUCCCAAAGCUGAGUGAGCGCGGCAGAGCCAUGGCUGCAGCCAACAAGGGCAGCAAGGCGAAGGCGGGCGCCGUGCGCUUCGCCCCCAGCCAGCCCAGCGAGGGGAACCCCGGCCACGUCCACUUCGAUGAGAAGCUGAGAGACUCGGCCGUGAUGGUGACGCAGGAGAGGGACGGCCACGUCCUCGUCAAGGUCGGCUUCCUGAAGAUCCUGCACAAGUAUGAGAUCACCUUCCUGCUGCCCCCAUCGCAGCGGCUGGGGAGGGACGUGUGUGCUCUGCCCCUGCCCAACCCCAACCUCAAAGUCCUCGGUGUCACUGCGGUGCCUGAAGGCUACAGUGUGAGGUGUGAGUACACGGCUCACAAGGAGGGGGUGCUGAAGGAGGAGAUGCUCCUGGCCAGCGAGACCGGGGAUGGCUCCUGCCUUAAGGUGGUGGUGCAAGCACGUGUCAUGGACCGACACCACGGCACCCCAAUGCUGCUGGAUGGGGUGCGCUGCGUGGGGGCUGAGUUGGAGUACGACUCGGAGCAGAGCGACUGGCACGGCUUUGAUUAACGCCAUCCUGCACCUUGCUGCGGACGGAGCCCCCCUCCCUGAGCAUCGGUGGGACCCCCGCUGCCCUGCCCCAUGGCUGCCGUGGGGCUGUGGCUGCUCCCCCCAGCCCCAGAGCCCUGAGCACCACGUGUGGGGCUGGGGGGGGAAGGAGGGAUGAGGGGCCUCUCCUUGCUGCUCUAUUGCUGCUUCCCUCCUGCUGACCCCCCCCCCAGGGUCCAACUUCCCCUCCUGUGGGCUGGAGCUGAGCUGUGACCUCAGGG